GAAGAAGCUGCUGAGUUGUUUCAGGAUGCACAUGUGCCAAUCUCACCACACCGCUCCUCCCAUCCAAGUGACCAGGACUCGCUUCACUUCUUAAUAAACCUAUGUUUCUUCCCUGUGUCGGUACGAAACGUUACCUCCUUCGUUUUGGAUCCUGUCAGUUAAAGUGAUACCCAUGAUGCUAUGCGCUCAUCUAAGUGCGGAGUGAUUUUAAUGCUAUGGCCAAUGUGUCCUUUUGGCUUCUACUGGCUUUCAUAUACGUAACAUUACCUUGGAAAUAUAAUGUCGCUGAAGGAAAAUUGUCCUCCGAAAGUGGCUGCAGAUUGUUUUACAGGGUUGCAGAUUGUAGCCAUUUACAGCUUUUGUCAGUUCCGCAGAACCUGCCUACUGAUAUUCAAGAGCUGCUCCUGGAUUUCAAUCAAAUAACGAUUCUGCAUAAAAAUUCCUUUCUAAGAUAUCAUGACCUAACAAGCCUUAGCAUGCAAUCGAAUCAAAUGGAAUUUGUGGAGCCAGGAGCCUUUAAUGGCAUAAGGAGACUGGAAGUCCUCUCACUACAGAACAACACUAUAAAUAUGAAAUAUGAAUUAACAUCUGCAGCUUUAAGAUUGACCACAUCCCUUAAGAAACUGGAUUUGUCUAGGAAUAUGCUUACAAUGGAUAUGGUACCAGAGCUUCUUCAGAACUUGACAACCCUAGAGAACCUCUUUUUGGACACCAAUAUUAUCAUGCGCUUGGACCAAACUGUGUUUGAGGGCCUAGUUUAUUUAAAAGAGUUAAGUUUGAGGUGGAACUACAUUUAUGAAAUUGAAUGUGGUACAUUUGAGGGACUUGUGAAACUGAAGAAAUUAGAUUUGGCUUAUAACCUAUUGCCAUGCAUUGAUGACUAUAGACUAACACAAAUCCAGAUGCUCAAUUUAAGCUUCAACAACCUUGAAUGGUUUCAGUCCCAAGAGACUGAUACUGAAUUCCACCUGGAGAUGUUGGACAUUUCCAACAACCAGCUGCUCUUCUUCCCACUCUUGCCCAGGCAACACCAUCUGCACACAUUGCUGCUCUCCAAUAAUAGGAUGAGGUUCUACGGUGACAUUUUUGGCACAAACUCCUCCACUGCUGAUUAUCUGAUUGUAGAAGAUAACAUCACAUCUGUCACUACAGUUGACCUUUGGAGUGAUGAUAUACAUAGCAAUCUCUCCGCAUUACAUUACCUUGAUAUGAGCCAUAACCAAUUUGCUUACUUUCCUCAUGGAUUUUUUUCCAACAUGAGCUCACUGUCUUACUUAAAACUUAACUGGAACUGUUUGCAGGCAUUUCACGUUUCACCAUCAGACAUUACGAGUUUAGUUGAUGAACUUGAUCUCAGUAAUAACGAGCUGGUUGAGCUACAAGCAGAAAACAUCUCUCCAGGCAUCUUGAGCCUUAGCUAUUUUAACCUGAGCAACAACAACUUAUGCAAUCUCCCAAGGAAUAUCUUCUCAUCUAUGACGAGGAUACAUACAAUUGAUUUGAGCAAUAAUCCGCUUCACUUGUGUUCUCAGUCUGAGCUGAGAAUGGGUGAAGGAAAAUGCAUAGAUAUUAGAAAUGUACCAUCCCUCAGGCGACUUUACUUGUCUGGUUGUGGGAUGGAACUGAAUUUGCACAGGGUUUUCUAUGGAAACACAUUAACACAUUUGGACCUUUCUUAUAACAGUAUCAAAGGCAUUACCUUUUUAGAUGACACUGCAAGAAUGCUACAGUCUCUCUUCCUAAGGGGCUGUCUAGCAUUUAACAUCACUGUUGAUUUCUCUGCUUUUAUGAGUUUGACUGUCCUUGAUAUAUCCGAAAAUGCCCUCACUACAUUCCCUGCCUCUCUAAAUGGAUUGGCACUUCAUUACUUGGACCUCCGCAACAAUAAACUGAUUUCCCUUCCCUUGUAUAAUACACGUCUGCUUGGGAGCCUUAAAACUUUAUAUAUAAGUGAGAACCCAUUUGAGUGCUGUGAACUGGGUUGGAAGAAUGUACUUAUCAGUUCCAUUAGCAUUCCCGAUCUUCAGAAGGUGACUUGCAACUUCUCCAAUCGAUAUUUGCCAGUACGGGAUCUUCCAGCAUCCAUAAAUCAUAGCUGCCAGUGGAAAAAUGGUGGACCCUGGCUGUAUUUGCUGCUCACACUGCCGGUGUGCCUGACUUUACUUGUGGCUCUUCUCUUGCUAUUUUUGACUUUCAAGCAAACACUUUUACAGACAGUUAAAAGACGGUGCAGGAGAUCCACUAGCUACUGAGAUCUUGUGUUCAGCACGUGUAAUAAUCAAGAGAGAAUAGCUUUGGGAUUUUUGUAUUAUAACAGGGUAGAAUUUUCUGUACCUUAGGUAUAGAUAAAAGCAUUAAAGGGAUGCUGUUAUCACA